CAUGAGUGACCUUGGCGUCCAUGAGCUUCAGCAUCUCAAUCAAGCUUGGCGUCCAAAUCCGGCCGCGCACGAGGCCCCUUACGAGAAGGCUGAGACUUCUUACUCCCCCCAUUCGUGACCUUCCGGCGUUUAGAUUGUCCCCUUCCAACGUUGUCAGCUGCUGGCGCCUUGCGCUUGCCGUCCUUGGCGACGCGCACUGCAGAUGCGGUGCUGUUCGUUGUCGCCAAACAUGCUGCCGCAAUUGCAGUGGAGCCGCCUGCCACAUCCCCGAGCCUGACUUGAAGGCUCUCACGGAGACUGUCAACAAGUUGAGCACGAGCGUGCACGAGGCGCAGCAGCAGGGAUCCCGAAUCGAAGACGAGGACAUCGCCGAACUGUUGGCAGAACUCCGCAUCGAACCCGGAAAGCGGAUCGAGGAGGAAGCGGUGAACGCGAUUCAGGGGUGGGCUGCUAUCGAGGACGAUGAAGUCGUUGAGGCUAUCAGACUGGAUACGGUGGACGACAUGACGGCACAGCUGAAGUGGGGUGCACGUGUCGGCCGGCCGCGAGGAGGAGGACGAACAGGAGGAGGACAGAGGCGAUGAGGACACGGGGUGUGUGCGCCGUGCCCCACCGGCGUAUGGUGAACUGUCGUCUUACUUCGGCGUCCUGGAAGCGGCAGCAGAGGAGAGUGGCAACGGGGAAGCGGCGCUCUAUCUAGCGAAAGCGAAGAUGGCGAUGAUAGUAGCGCAUUCCGCUACGCGGGUGCGCCAGGCGGACAUGAGAGCAUUUGUCGCGACGUAGCGAGGAUGCAGAUACAGCUGUAGCAGUGGUUGUUUUCUUGCAGUGCGCUGCCUGUUUUUUUUUGGCAUUGUUUUUUGUUGCAACAUCGAAGGGGGUGCGCCAGGCAGACACGAGAGAAUUUGUCGCAACGCAGCAAGGGCGGGGGUUACAGCUGUAGUUGUGUGUGUUUUUUUUGUGUUUUCUUUGGUGCGCUUAUACAUUGUUUUGUUUCUUGAUUUUCAUUUUUCAACAUCGCAGGAGGGCAACAAAGGGUGAAAUUUAGCUUUGUACGAACGAUAGCUUUUCAAGCAGUUUGUGCCGGUCACAGCCUACCCGGGUUCAUGAUGUGUGUUUCCCUUUCGCCGUCGACUAGUCUUGGUGAGGCACUGCUGUAGCCCGAAAUGCAACAAUCUUAUUUUACAAAACUCUUGCGGGCUCGACAGGGUGAAACCGCCCGUGUCGCGGGAAAGAAAGUCUGCCCANCAGGAGGGCAACAAAGGGUGAAAUUUAGCUUUGUACGAACGAUAGCUUUUCAAGCAGUUUGUGCCGGUCACAGCCUACCCGGGUUCAUGAUGUGUGUUUCCCUUUCGCCGUCGACUAGUCUUGGUGAGGCACUGCUGUAGCCCGAAAUGCAACAAUCUUAUUUUACAAAACUCUUGCGGGCUCGACAGGGUGAAACCGCCCGUGUCGCGGGAAAGAAAGUCUGCCCAGGCCUACACUAGAACUUCACAUAACAGCAGCGUCGAUCCAUUUCGUACUA